GACAACUUUGGCUACGACCUGCCGGCGGUGGAGGCAGCCAUGAAGAAGCACGAGGCCAUCGAGGCGGACGUCUCGUCCUACGAGGAGCGCAUCCAGGUGGUGGUGGAGCUGGCGCUGGCCCUGGAGGCCGAGGGUUACUACGACGUGCGGCGCAUCAGCGCCCAGAAGGGCAGCAUCCUGCGCCAGUGGGGGCUGCUGACCGAGCUGGUGGGCGCCCGGCGGGCCCGCCUGGAGCAGAGCCUGGCCCUGCAGACCAUCUUCCAGGAGAUGGUUUACAUGAUCGACUGGAUGGAGGAGAUGCAGGCCCCGCUGCUGUCGAGGGAGGUGGGGAAGCACCUGCUCGAGGUGGAGGACCUGCUGCAGAAGCACGCCCUGCUGGAGGCCGACGUAGCUGCUCAGAGCGAGCGGGUGCAGGCGCUCAACCAGGCCGCCCUGAAAUUCUGCGAGUUGGCGGGUUACCAGCCCUGCGACCCCCAGAUCAUCCGCAACCGCGUGACCCACGUGCAGACGUGCCUGGAGGAGCUGUGCCAGCGGGCGGCCCAGCGGCGCACGGCGCUGGAGGCCUCCCGCCACCUGUGGGCCUUCUUCCGGGAGCUGGAGGAGGCCGAGGCCUGGGUGCGGGAGAAGGAGCAGAUCCUGGCCUCCAAGCCGUGCGGCAAGGACCUGAGCAGCGUGCUGCAGCUGAGCGGGCAGCACAAGCUGAUGCUGGGGGAGCUGGGCGGGCGCCGGGCCCUGCUGCACCAGGCCGUGAAGAAGGGGGAGCAGCUGCUGGGCACCCAGCGCCCCGGCGCAGCCCGGCUGCAGGAGAAGCUGCGGGAGGUGCGGCAGCGCUGGAAGAAGCUGGAGGAGGUGACGGGGAUGCACCAGCAGAAGCUCCAGGAGGCCUUGAGCUUCUACCAGUUCAGCGCCGAGACGGACGACCUGCUGGCCUGGCUGCAGGACACCUACCGCCUGGCCUCCAGCGACGACUUCGGGCACGACGAGUGCUCCAGCCAGGCGCUGCUCCGCAAGCACGCCGCCGUGGCGCAGGAGCUGGAGCGGCACCGGGCGCCCGUGCUGGCCCUGCGCGCCCAGCUGGCCCGGCUGGCCCCCCAGCACCACCAGGUGGUGGACGUGCAGAUCCGCAUCGUGGAGGUGGAGCAGCUCUACGGGGAGGUGGCCGAGGUGGCCGUGCUGCGGCACCAGUGGCUGCAGGACGCCCUGGCCGUGUACCGCAUGUUCGGCGAGGUCCGCGCCUGCGAGGGCUGGCUGGACGAGAAGGAGCAGUGGCUCUCCGGGAUGCACGUGCCACAGGAGCUGGAGGACGUGGAAGUGGUGCAACACAGGUUUGAGAGCCUGGACCAGGAGAUGAACAGCGUGAUGGGGCGCAUCCUGGACGUGAACGAGACCGUGCAGCAGCUGGUGGAGGGUGGCCACCCCAGCGCGUCCGAGGUGCAGUCCUGUCGGGACCACCUGAACGGCAG